GUGAGCGUGUAGACUUUUAGAGAGAGAUGGUGGGCUCAGGAGUAGCAGAUAGGAGCAAAGAAGCUGUUGGGAUGAUGGCCCUUCAUGAGGCCCUCAGAACCGUCUGUCUCAACUCAGACUGGACUUACUCUGUCUUCUGGACCAUCCGUCCUCGCCCGUAUAUCUACCCCUCUUUUUUCUAACAUCCUCUGUUUUUUUGUCUCUAAGAGUCAGAGGCGGUAAUGGUUGCAAGGUUGGGGACGACAACGGCAGCUUGAUGUUGAUGUGGGAAGAUGGGUUUUGCCGAGGAAGGACGGCAGACUGUUUGGAAGAGAUGGAUGGAGAGGAUCUUGUGAGAAAAGCAUUCAGCAAAAUGUCCAUUCAAUUAUAUAAUUAUGGAGAAGGUUUGAUGGGAAAGGUUGCUUCAGAUAAAUGUCAUAAAUGGGUAUUCAAGGAACCAACAGAAUGUGAACCAAAUAUCUCCAACUAUUGGCAGAGUUCUUUUGAUGCUCUUCCUCCUGAAUGGACUGAUCAGUUUGAAUCAGGCAUUCAGACAAUUGCUGUUAUUCAAGCUGGACAUGGCCUUCUACAAUUGGGUUCUUGCAAGAUUAUACCUGAAGACCUGCAUUUUGUGCUAAGGAUGAGGCAUACAUUUGAAUCACUUGGCUACCAGUCUGGUUUCUACCUUUCCCAGCUAUUUUCUUCAAACAGAAAUACUUCCUCUUCGCCGUCGAUUCCUUCAAAGCAAUCCACUAUGCCGAUAGGCCCUCCUCCUCCACUCUUCAACUGGAGUCAGAGGCCUCUUCCAUCUGCAGCAUCUUCAAUGCUUCCUUUGCCGAAUUUCCAAAAUCCGGUUACGAGACUUGGAUUCCCACCUGCCAAAGAUGAGACAAAUAUGUUUAUCCUACCUCAUCCAUCGUCCGAGAGCCACCAAAUGGAGAAUAUGAUGGGAGACCACGAAAAUGACGUCAAAUGGCCUAAUGGGUUGUCUUUCUUCAAUGCCCUCACUGGACGAGCGGAUGAAGCAAAGCUUUUGUUUAACCCUGAGAACUUAGGGAGUAAGUCAGACCAAAAUUCUAAUGCAGAUGCUGCAUCGAAUGUGCAUAACGCUUGCGGUUCAAAUCUUAACGAGUUCUUAAGCUUGGAUAGCCAUCCAGAUAAUACAAGGAAAAUGGAUAAUAACAAGUUCAAAAGAAGCUUCACAUUGCCGGCGAGAAUGGCCUCCUCGUCUUCCUCGACUUCAGUGGAUCACCAUCAGCAUCACGAAGCCGGAAUGUACUCCGAUGUCAUGGAGACCUUCUUGGAAUGAGAGUAGAAUAAUAGACUUGUCUUGGGGGUUUAAGUCAGUGUCUUGUAUGUAGGCAAAAGCUUUUGUGAUCCUUUUUGUACUGAAAUUCCUGUUCUUUAUUUGAUGUUCAAUUGGUAGUGUUUCUUUUUUUCCAUUUUAGAGAACAUCUUA